AUGGAGGACGGCCGCGCCUCUACAACUAAUGGCGAGCUCACCGGCGCCGACCUCCCCGGAGACACACCGCGCGCCGCGGCUUUCACUGCUUUAUCCGGAGGGAGGUUGUUGCCCAACAAUGUUCCCGCCGCCGCCAACGAGUCGGCCAUAGCCUCAUUACUUCCCCCCGAUAUACAGGAUGGGCUGUCUGAGAGUGGGUCAAGGCGAUCAAGCAUGCAACCACGCGUACCGUCGCGUCAGUUGUUGCAGACUGCAUUAGACCUUGCGCAAAAGGCCGUCGAGAUGGACAAGAACAACGACGUCGCAGGAGCGCUGGCGUCUUACCGCGAGGCGGUGAGCAAGCUGCGCGUUGUCAUGGAGCGCGUCGGCGUCGACCCCACGUCAGACGGCAAGCGAGGAGGCAAGAACGAGGAGGAAGGGAGAACACUGCGAGGCAUUCACGACGCGUACAUGGCGCGUAUCACUUUGUUGUCAGCGUACGAGAGCCCGCCUGAUGGCGACGACGGUGCAGCUGCGUUGGCGCUCACCAACCUCACGCUCGACUCGAGUGUGAGCAGUGCCGCAACAACCCCUCCCAACCACUUGGCACGGCUCAAUACGAACACUGAAGAUUCGCCCAACAACAAUAGCGAUGCUGGACCAAGUACACCUCAGCGAUCCCCGGCGUUGUCGUCGAUCAGUGGACGCAGACAGAGGAGUAAGCAAUCAAAGCAAUCGUUCGGUUUGGACGAAGAAGCCGACCUGUCAGGCGUUGACGGAGCCGACGAGAGCGAGGACACGAGCAUCAAGGACGGACUGGCGCCGACAGACACUUCGUCGCGCGCGAGCAAUGACGAGGACGACCGACCAUUGCCACCACUGCCUGCGUCACUUGUUAGCUCUAAAGGGGCCUCGGAAAACAACCCACAAAGCUACCUCAUCAACUCGACAACGGCGCAAGGGACGAUCAACCAACGACGGAACAAUGGCACGCCAUCCAUGACCUCGAUCUCCGAGCUCAAUGCGUCAACGAGCAGCGAGGGUAACCCCGACGGCUCGGUCCGGAAACGGACUGUGUCGCUGCGGGGCCUGAACGGCGACAGCGCAAGUGAAAUGUACGUCGCUGCACCAUUGCAAGCGGCGUUCAAAUCCACGUUGGCGCCGCCUGCGCGACUCUCAGGCACUGCACACCUUUCGAUGCGCCCCGAUCCCCAACCAGCAGAGAUUGCCCACAGGCCAUUCCAUAUCUUGCGCCUGUUGUCUACCUCGAUGGACGCAUCUGGGACUGGCGCGUACAUUACCUCGUCGAUCCACAUCGACCCUGGAGUGUGGCGCGCAGGCAACCUACGCUCGGGCGGCAUGUCCAAGUCGAUCAGCGGCGCCAAGGUGAUCGGUAUUGAGGCCAAGACGCGCGUGUGUGAAGCGCUCGUCGGCCACCUCGAGGCAAUCAAGAGUGUCGGUAACGUGUUCUUGGACGGGCAGCGCGAGGAGCGACAUGGUGUCGACGUUUCCUCCCGCCUGACCAAGGCACAGAUCGACCAGAUUGCGCGUAUCGGCGACGAGUUAGGCGGACUCCUCGACGGCCUCGACGACGAGCUCGACUCGACGUACAAGGCGCUGGCAGGCAAAGGCGUCAUCUCGUCGGGCGCUUGGAACGGCAAGGCCAAGACGUCGUGGGGCAGCCGCAUCUCUGCACGUGUGGAUAAGAUGUCGCGCGGCUCGGACAGCGGGGAACGCUACGUCGACAUUCUCGGGCAGCUCUUCUACGCCGCGCAGGUCAUCGACGACCAUCUCCGCUGCUUCACUGGACCGUGUACAGCCGCAUACCAUGCCCUCCCACACAAGACGUACAAGCAGAUUGAGACGCGCAUCACACGCGCUGCGCAGUUCUUUGGCGCCGUCAUUGUCCCGUUUGUUUUGGAAGAUCUGAGGCAGUUUAUGCUUGGGUACCUCAAGGGUGGUCUCCAGUACCUCGAGGACUAG